UCGCGCUGACUCGAAAGGGCCGCGCCGCGCUUCCUGCGCUCGGGCGGCCACACGCGGCCCGCCACCAUGGCGGCCGUGCGCGUGGAGGAGGUGCUGGCGGCGGCGGCCCAAGAGCAGCAGCAGCCGCGGAGCCUGCAGGUGGAGAAGGAGCUGGAGCUGGAGUUCGACCUGGGCAACCUGCUGGCGCUGGACCCCAACCCACCGCCGGCCGCGGCGCUGCGCGGGGCCGGGCCGCGGCGGGAGUCGCAGCUGCGGGCGCUGGCCCGGGACAACGCGCAGCUGCUGGCGGCGCGGCUGUGGGAGCUGCCGGCCGAGCGGGCGGACGGGGCGGCGGGGCCGCUGGUGGCGCGGCUGCCCGAGCCCGCCUUCCGCCUGCCGCGGGAGAAGCCGCCGCCGCGCCCGAAGCCCCCCACGCGCUGGGAGCAGUUCGCCCGGCUGAAGGGCAUCCGGCGCCGCAAGCGGACCUCGCUGGUGUGGGACGAGCAGGCCAAGGAGUGGCGGAGGCGCUGGGGGUACCGGCGGGCGGGCGGCGACCCCGGCCGCGCCUGGCUGGCGGAGGUGCCGGCGGGCGCCGACCCGGAGGAGGACCAGCUCGCCAAGCUGCGGCGCGCUAAGCGCGAGCGGGUGGCCCGUAACGAGCUCAACCGGCUGCGGAACCUGGCCCGGGCGCACCGCUCCGCCGCUGCCGCUCCGCUGCACCCCACGGGCCACCAGAGCCGCCAGGAGCUGGGCCUGGCCGCGCGCGUGGCCCGCGUCUCCACCGCCUCGCUCGGCCGCUUCCAGCCGCGGCUGCCCAAGGAGCCGGCCGAGCCGCCCUCCCGCGACGGCGGCAAGAAACGGCGCUUCGGGCCGCUGCUGGGUGACUUGGCUGCCGAGCGCGGGCGGCAGCUGGAGCUGCUGCGGGGCAUGAGCGCCAAGAAGCCGGCUCUGGACAUCACCCGCGCCGUCAAUAAGCAGCUUCGCGAGGAGGACGCCGAGGCGGCCGCCGCCAAGGGCAAGAAGCGGGCGCAGCGUGGCAAGCGGGGCCGCCGGCAGCAGCAGCGGCCCGGGAAGAGGAGCGGCGGAGGCAAGAAGGGCGGCGCGGCCCGCAGGCAGCAGCGACCUGCCGGAGGUGGUGGGAGGAGGAAGAAGGCUUGAGGGACUGCCGGCCUGCGGGCCACCAAGGGAUCGGCGCUGCAGGCACUGAGCGACUGCGUGCGAGGGGUGCGAAGGGACAGCUCUGCCGCUGUGCGGCACACACCUCUGUCAAUAAACACCCUUUGGUCUUUGUAAAA